AUGGUGUUCUUUGUUUGCGAGGGUUGCAAUGAGACACUGAAAAAGAACAAGGUGGACGCACACGCAGGCCGCUGCCGCAACUGCUGGGCCGUGAGCUGCGUGGACUGUAGUGUCGUAUUCGAGGGCAACGACUACGCCGCGCACACGAGCUGCAUUUCAGAGGCCGAGAAGUACGAGAAGAGUUUGUUCCAAGGCGACAAGAACAAGAGCAAGAACGGCAAGAAACAGACGCCACAGGAGCGAUGGGUGGACGUGGUGCAAACCGCGACUUGCCCUGAGGACUGCAAGGUGCAGGACGUACUCACGCGAAUCGCUGGAUAUGACAACGUACCCCGCAAGAAGAACAAAUUCGUCAAUUUUGUCACCAAUAGUUUGGCGCUGCGUGAUACGACACUUGUGGAAAAGGCCUGGACCAUUUACGAGACGGCCUUCAAAGCGUCGGCUCCGGAGGCGAACGCAGCGGCACCUGAAGAGGAAACAGCGAGUAAGAAGCGGCCAGCUGAGACCGAGGCGGAGGAGACUUCAUCUAAGAAGAGCAGAACGGAGGACAAGCCUGUUAAGUGGAGCAAGUUGAUCAAGUCAGCACUCAAAUGCUCUGGCAAGGAGCUGGAUGUGGAUAUACUGCGUGACCAAGUGCUCAAGCAAAUUCAGGAGAAGCAACUGUCCUCAAAGAGUGAGAAAGAACUUAAGAAAGAGUUCAAAGCUGCCAUCAAGGAGAGCGAUAAGUUUGUAGUGGCUGAGGUCGUCCGUCUGAAGUGA